AUACUGGAAUCACCCAAAGUUACAUCUGGUGAGUUACACACUACCACCCUCUUCCCUUACCUUUUAAUAAUCCUAUAGAUCGAUAACUUCUGGAACGAAUGGAGGGAGUUCGUAUAUAAAGAAGAGUCAGAGGAAUUGAAGAAGGUACAUGAAGGUGGUAUCGAUCACAAGCAAGUGCCAGAAUGAGGUUUGUGGCAAUUGCAUUAGUUUUGAUGCUAGCAUGCUGCUGCUGCUGUAUGGGUUCAGAUAGGUGGAGGAACAUAGAGGCCAAAAUGCAUGGAAAAAAAAAACAAGUUAGUCGCGAGAAUAAUGAUCAUCAUUCGAUCCCUCUUAAAGACUAUGGUAAACCUGGCUCAGGCCACCAUGACGUCACUGCAGCAGAUGAUAACAAUGAUCACCAUUACAUUCCUCGCAAGGAUUUUGGUAAACAUGGCUCUGCCCAAUUUCAUGUCACUGAUGAUCACAAUAAGUACCAUUGCAUCGCUAAUAGUAAUUAUACUAAGGAUGAUCGUGGUUGUUAUGGCGAACCUGGCGGAGGAACUAAAGUUAAUCCCGGGCAUUGGUAAAUUACUCACAAGAAUCAUAUUGUGAUUAAUGUUUGAUAAUUAAAUCGGUGAUUGCUAAAUAUACAUAUAUGUGUAGGUAAGUUACGAGAAAUUCCUAGCUGUUCCUUCCAAGGAUAUAUGCAAGAAUUUCUUAGUACCCAUAUGAUAGAACUGAGUGUAUCUCAGUAUGUAUGUAUAUAUGCGUCGCCUUUGAUCAGUGUAUAUACCAAUAAAGGAGUGCUUGUAGUACUUAUAAUAACUGUUUUCUGUUAAUAAAUAAAGAUGUGAGAUGGUUUGCUUGGCAGUUCU